ACAUGUGAUUUCACCCUAAUGUUAUUAUUGAAAGUUUAAAUAUCCCUCAAAAGUUAAAUAACAUUUUCUCUUUUUGUUGAGAAUAUAUGCAAUUAAUAAUUGAAUAAUAGGAUAAAUAUUUUAAUGUUAUUAUUGUCCGUCGCAACAUUUCUUCAAUAAAUGUUUGAAUGCAGCUUCCGGUUAAACUAUAAAUUAUUAGAGAAUAUUAAAAAAGUCGUUUGAAUAAAGCAAAGAUGCCGGAUAUUAAAGUGACGCCACUGGGAGCAGGUCAAGAUGUUGGCCGAAGUUGUAUUUUAGUUUCGAUGGGUGGUAAAAAUAUUAUGUUAGACUGUGGAAUGCAUAUGGGAUUUAAUGACGAAAGAAGAUUUCCAGAUUUUUCUUACAUUGUUCCUGAGGGUCCAACAACAAAUUAUAUAGAUUGUGUUAUAAUAUCUCAUUUUCAUUUAGAUCAUUGUGGAGCCCUUCCUUAUUUCACUGAAAUGGUUGGAUACACAGGUCCAAUUUACAUGACUCAUCCUACAAAAGCAAUUGCACCAAUUCUUUUGGAAGAUAUGCGAAAAGUUGCUGUUGAACGUAAAGGAGAGAGUAAUUUCUUUACCUCUCAAAUGAUAAAGGAUUGCAUGAAAAAAGUCAUUGCCGUUACUCUACAUCAAUCGGUGAUGGUUGAUUCUGAAUUAGAAAUAAAAGCUUACUAUGCAGGACAUGUAUUGGGUGCUUCGAUGUUUUAUGUUCGCGUUGGCUCACAAUCUAUUGUUUACACAGGGGACUAUAAUAUGACACCAGACAGACAUUUGGGCGCUGCCUGGAUAGACAAAUGUAGACCAGAUUUAUUAAUUUCAGAGUCUACAUACGCUACGACUAUUCGUGACUCGAAGAGGUGCCGUGAAAGGGACUUUUUGAAAAAGGUCCACGAAUGUAUAGAUAGAGGUGGCAAAGUAUUAAUACCAGUUUUUGCCCUUGGUCGAGCUCAAGAAUUGUGUAUACUAUUGGAAACCUAUUGGGAGCGAAUGAAUCUUAAAGUACCCGUUUACUUUGCUUUGGGUUUAACGGAAAAAGCAAAUAACUAUUAUAAAAUGUUCAUCACAUGGACUAAUCAAAAGAUUAAAAAAACUUUUGUACAACGUAAUAUGUUUGAUUUUAAGCAUAUAAAACCAUUUGAUAAAGCUUACAUUGAUAAUCCAGGAGCAAUGGUCGUAUUUGCCACACCAGGUAUGCUGCACGCUGGUCUUUCUUUGCAGAUAUUUAAGAAAUGGGCGCCAAACGAUGCGAAUAUGGUUAUUAUGCCUGGUUUUUGCGUUCAAGGCACUGUGGGACACAAAGUGCUUAGUGGCAUUAAAAGAAUUGAAUUUGAAAAUCGUCAAAUUGUCGAAGUUAAAAUGGCCGUUGAGUAUAUGUCUUUCUCGGCACACGCUGACGCAAAGGGAAUUAUGCAAUUAAUUCAAAGCUGUGAACCCAAAAGUGUUAUGCUUGUGCAUGGGGAAUUUGCUAAAAUGGAAUAUCUCAAGGAGAAAAUAAGACAGGAAUUUGGCAUAAAUUGUUAUAAUCCAGCGAAUGGUGAAACAUGUGUUAUUACAACUAUAUCGAAAGUUGCUGUCGAUACAUCUUUGGCUUUACUAAAAGCUGAAGCUAAACAAUAUUCUGCUCUUCCUCCGGAUCCUAAAAGACGUCGAUUACUUCAUGGGGUUUUAAUUUUAAGAGAAGACGGAGUUUGUCUCGUUGAUACUGAUGAGGUUGCAAGAACUACUGGUAUCACUAAACAUAUUGUGAGAUUUACAUCCACAAUAUGUGUUCAGGAUUCUGGACCAGCACACGCUACGACACAAAAACUCUUUCAACCAUUGAAAGAUAGACUACAAGGUUGGACUGUUCAAUUAACUGAUGGUUCAAUAUCAGUAGAAUCGGUAUUAGUGAAAGUUGAAGGUGAAGAUGAAAAUCAAAAAAGCGUUUAUGUCUCCUGGACCAAUGAAGAUGAAGAUCUUGGAAGUUAUAUUCUCGAUUUUCUACAAACUUUAUUAAGUUAAAUAAAUAUUAGAAUUUAUGUACAUAUUAUACCGGAGUGAUGUAAAAUAUUUUUUUAAAGUUAUUUUUCUCAAUUUUAUAAGAAAAAACUGAGAAUUUAUUUUAGUACAUAUAGUUUAAUUUUUUCAGUGUAAUUUUAAAAAUUUCUACUGUAAUUACAUUUCUUAAUAAUGAAUAAUUUCUAAAAUUCAAAA